UAGCUUAUAGACAAUUCGUUAUAUGCCCGGCGGGAAUGCGAGCUUGCAUUGCAUAUUUGCAAUGGAGAGCUCUGCUUCCGGGGAUCGAAGCAAUCCACCACUUCUUCACUCCUAUGACCUCGAGACCGUCCUUUCCGACGCCGAUUUGCCAUGCUUGAAGCGCUUUACCAAAGCCUUAUGCCUCGAGUUAAAACUCCUCUCCAAAUUUGCAGGUCCUGCAGUUAUGGUGUACUUGAUCAACUAUGCGCUGUCUCUCUCCGCUCGUAUCUUUUCCGGUCAUCUUGGCAAUCUCGAGUUCGCCGCCUCCUCUCUCGGCAAUCAAGGCAUCCAGUUAUUCGCUUACGGUCUCCUCUUGGGCAUGGCGAGCGCCGUGGAAACGCUCUGCGGUCAGGCAUACGGCGCAGGUCGGUACGAAAUGCUCGGUGUGUAUUUGCAACGCGCCACCGUGGUGCUGAUGAUUUUCAGCCUCCCGAUCGCUGUGGUUUACGCGCUAUCGAGACAGCUCCUGCUUUUUAUCGGUGAAUCGGAGGAGGUUGCCACGCCGGCGUCGGUUUACGUGUACGGCCUGAUUCCGCAGGUAUUUGCGUACGCAGUGUAUUUUCCAACUCAGAAAUUUCUCCAGGCGCAGAGCGUCGUUGCACCGAGCGCGCUGAUUUCACUGGCGACGUUGGGAGUGCACCUGUUGGUCAGCUGGAUCGUUGUGUACAGGAUGGGGAUGGGAUUGCUGGGUGUGGCGUUGGUAGUGAGCCUGUCAUGGUGGAUAAUUGUUGCAGGGCAGUGCGUGUACGUCGUGAAAAGCCAAAAAUGUAAGGACACGUGGACUGGGUUCAAAUCGGAGGCUCUGACCGGUCUUUGGGAGUUUGUGAAGUUAUCUAUGGCUUCAGCGGUUAUGCUGUGCUUAGAGGCGUGGUACUUCCAGGUGCUCGUUUUGAUUGCCGGAUUGCUGGAGAACCCUGAGCUCUCCUUGGAUGCACUUACUGCGUGCAUGGCAGUCAAUGGGAUGUUGUUUGUGAUCUCAAUCGGAUUCAAUGCAGCCGCUAGUGUGAGAGUUGGGAACGAGAUAGGAGCAGGGCAUCCGAAAUCGGCAGCUUUCUCAGUAGUGGUAGUGAAUGUAGUGUCCUUCAUGGUGGCGGUGGCAGUGGCGAUCAUUGUAUUAUCGCAGCGACACGUCAUAAGUUACAUGUUCACCGGAGGGGAAAGAGUGGCCACCGCUGUGUCUGACCUUUGUCCAUUCCUAGCUGCAACCCUCAUUCUCAACGGCGUUCAACCAGUUUUGUCCGGGGUGGCCGUUGGCUGCGGGUGGCAGUCAUUUGUGGCAUACAUUAAUGUAGGAUGUUACUAUUUAGUGGGAAUUCCAUUAGGUUGCCUUCUCGGCUUCAAGUUCAACCUUGGUGUCAAGGGAAUUUGGUCGGGCAUGAUAGGAGGAACACUGAUGCAAACUCUAAUCUUGCUUUGGAGAACAUGCCGAACAGACUGGAAUAAAGAGGUGGAGAAGGCAAGGGAGCGUUUGGACAAGAGGGCAACCAGUAAAGAGCCUCUUCUCAAAGACUACAGCAAAGGCUAAAAAAGAAAUGAGGAGUCUCUGAUGAACGGUAAUAAACUAACACUAUAUCAAUCCAGUAUGAGUCCGUAAUGGUUUUUACAUUCUAGAUAUUAUUACUCGGUUAUUACUACAUUAAUAUUGCUUAUUGCAACCCCCUAGAUGCUCUCUCUCUCACAAAAAGUUAGGACUUGUACAUCAGUACUGUUCUGUCCUCAUCUUUACCUUUUGGUAUUGGAUUUGGCACAGGAUCACCGGAAUCGGCUUUUGCCAGUCCCAUCACCCAAUGUGAUAUAUAAUGUAUAUAUAUAUACACUACAUUUGAUGGGGCUGGGUGGGCUGAAAGAAAAUGGGGCUGGUGAUCCCCUCCCAUUGGAUUUACAGAUAAUUUGAGAAUACUCUCCGGGAUAUUAAGUUACUUCAAAUUACUACGAGCUUAUCUAGUGUGCAAUAG